CUUUACAUUGUCUUGUCUCACUUCUGCUAGUUCACUGUUUUUUUUCCCACCUUAUUUUUUACCACCAGUAUCAUAUUUACAUGCUCAUUCGUUCUAUCACUGUUUUGUUGAUUCUUUUAUUCUUCAGACCUUCGACUUUUCUGGUAAAUAACUAGAAAGUCAACUCGAGUUGACGAUCGUUAAUUUGAUAACUCAGAUUCUGAAAACUUUAAAGAAUUGAAUAAACUUUUGUACUGGAAAUGAUACAUGAUCCGGUGAUUGCAAUAGAUAGGUUCAUAAAUGAGUUGACAGUUUCUGUAAUGCUAGAAGAGUCACUUGGUGGUAUGAUAUCAGAUGAAGGAAUGAGUUUAAUAAAUAUGGAUGUUAUCAGGUCACAAAGGCUGUGGAGCGAGGUUCUACAUCAAAAAUCAAGGUUCAGGGCACUGGAUUGUUUAAUGUCAAGGCUAGCCAAUAUAAAACAUGAACGUAUUGUGAUGCGAAUUCUGUGGAGCAUAGAUUUUGCCAUUGAAAAGACAAUAUUCUCGCCAAGAGAAAUCGCUCAUUCACUGGUAUGCUCAGAGCAUCUGCGUGUGGAGUCUCCCAUCUUGUUUCGGUGCACAUUUAAGCUUCUUCUAAAGCUCAUUUUUUUUCUGGACUAUAAGAGCAACCGUGAAGUUUUUAAUAAAAGCAUUGAAAAGUCAUCACAGUUUACAGAGAAAAUGUUCUGCGACCGCAACUUGUUUUAUACUAUUGAUCCUUCAUUAGAGUUAAUACAGCUACUUUUGUGUCGUGAGAUAUGCCUGAUGCCUGCCUACUUCGCUAUGCAUGAGCUAAUUCGGAAUUUUUCUAGCGAAUUUGGCGACGCUCCUCAGUUUAUUCAAACAGAAUUUAACAACUUUAUGGACAGUUUCAAAAGGCCUGCACGCUUGCUGUAUUCGAGAGUUUACCAUGCCAUGACUCCUUUCUGCGGAAUAACCUCAUUGAGUGCUCCAAACUAUAGACUGGAUUCUUCUAAUCUCGUCUUGACUUCUAUUAAAGGUGCUAUGCGAUAUCCUGAAUUUCUUACAAGCUCACAGUUGCCUCUUUUGUGUACAGUUUUGGGUCAGCUGCGAAGUUUUGAACUUACAACUGGAAUGCUUGAUCCUGCGAGUGGAAAAGUUAAAACCCGAUCUGUGGGCCUGGAACUUGCGUUGGUCGAAUUAAUUGUCCAGGUUAUGGAACUGUUGGAAUGUACAAACGACGAAACGUGGAACCGUACAAUAUUCGAACAUUUAAUAAGUGUUAUGAUUACCUUCAUGCUAAACAGCACGGUUAGAUUUAAUGAAAUCGUUGUCAAACUUAAUUCAAAAUUGGAAGGUCGUACGUGGACUAAAUCAAGUCAUUAUGUAAUGUGGUUCGUGCUAAACGCUACUUCAGGAUUCAUUGGAAAAAAUAUGUUAACAGAUUUUGUCCCUUGCCUCCGGCUUUUCGAUAUUUUGUUCCCUGAAGCUGAAGAUCCUGACCGAGCUAUCGAUCUCCCUAUACCAUGUUGUAGUAGAAAAGAUUCCACUGGUCAGUCAAAUGAUAAUGAGAUUAGUUUAACACAAAAAGAUGGAGUUCUGCCCAAAAACAUCUUAGGCAAAGAACUAAGCAGUACAACCGAAAAUACUAAGUUUAAUGUUUCUCAAUUUCCUAUCUCCAAAAAGAUGGAUAUCGAUAGCUCUGAUCUCAAUCGUGAACUUGUUACCCAUAAAGAUAAUGAAAAUGAAGUACAGGAACAAAGCUCCACUUCUGCUGAGGAUUCGGACAACGAAUAUAUUCAGAAUGAAACCGAGAGUUUACUUCCUCCCCAUUUUCGCUCCUCUACAGCUUGCUGGAAACGCCAGGGUCGACUUUUGCAUUUGGCUACAGCUCCUGUUUGUCUCUGGCAACAUGUUUUACGUAAAAGUCGACUUGGUCAAGAUCAUCUGCCACGUGUUAUGCCACCAGCACUUAGACCAAUAGAAUCCCGUAUAUCACGUCGUAUGCAAGCACUAGUACAAUCUGUCAGUUCUACUCAAAUAUCUAAUAGUUCUGUUCAUUUAGUUUCAAAGUUGACAUGGAACCAACUUUUCGUUGUACUAAAUGCUUUUAGUACAGACAAUGAAGUUAGUCAAUUAAUACAAAGGUUGAUAGACACAUUUUGGACAAAUGAAACUGCAAAGGAUAAUCAGAAAGUGGAACAUGAAGUUUUAUGGUCACGACUAAUAAAAAAUGGAAAAAUUGAUUUUCCAUACGAUCUAUCUGCCUAUGGUCGGUUACAACCUUUGUCUCACCAUCUUAUGCGCACAAUGUCUGUUCAUGUAAGAAUGCUAGUCUUACACUUCUUCCUACAAAAAUUCUCAGUCCUUCCAAAUUCCAAUAUGCUGUCUACACCAGCUGUCAUAGAAACUUUUUGCCGUAUUCUAGCUUGUCGCGAAGUGGAAUCAAAUAGCGUGAAUAGAAUUUUGUGCUUAUUGACUAAACUCCAACCAUUAUGGUCUUUCAAUACCUCAAAUUUGGAACCCAAAUAUACCGUUUUAUGUAGUACCACUGAUUCAAAAGUCUCUAAUUACUUUACAUGCUCACUUGUUUACACACUGCUCGAUACAUUAGGGUUCCGUCUUGCAGAUAUACUUACACCGGAGGUUCGAAUCCAUACUCUUACCUCGUUAAUAGGUUUAAUGAAAUUGUGGUCUAAUUGGAGUACUUCUGUCCCCGAUAAUAAGGAACCUAAAAAUCUUUGUGAUGGAGGGACUAACGAAAUUCCUAUUGAACUGCAAUAUUUACUGGAUUGGAACAUCAUAAAAUUUGCGCGUAGCAUACAAGCACCAGAUUGUGUAAUUUAUGGGUUUUGUUCAGCUCUUACCUCUUCUACUCUUACUCAAACACAACCGGGAACUAACAGUUUACAUUCUGUUAAUAAUUCUGCGUGUGUAUCGCAACCACAAAAUUCGAACAUAAUAUCACAACAGGGUGGUGGUUUGAUGAAUAACACAACUGGUGGCUCUGUUCCAAUUAAUCGACCAUUCAUACCUGUAAAUACAGGCGUACCGACUUCGAUUCCAUCUUCUAUUAUUAUACAACCACCAAAUGAUCCGAUAUUAUCCUCGAGUACCGGUGUGAAUUCACUUACAGGUGGAUCAGGAAGUGCGGGUUUUCCCAAUUCAAUACCUGGUUACCCAUUCUUAAUGUGUGAUAAUGUUGAAGUUAAUCGUUUUGUAUUAUAUUCCUUAUUGCAAAUGUAUCAUACGUUUGAUUUGGAAGAAGCAAGUGGAAUUCGACCGAAUCUAGUUGAACAAAUUCGCUCCAUGUGUGAACAGUGUGGUCCAAAUAGUCUGAUAGAUUUACCUCAGCUAAUUACAAAACGUUUGCCUGAUUUUCUAAUUCUUGUUAUACGUCAGUUAACUAAUCCAAACACAGGUGAAUUUAACAUUGGUAGUCUCCCAUCAUCGGAUCCCAUGAAUGUAGAGUCAAUGGAAUCAACUUUACCGUAUACAGAUAAAUCUACUAGUUUAUCUAAACUUUGUUCAAUGGUACAAGAGGAGUACACUUGUUUUUCUAAUGGGAAUUUUGAAUGGAGCAAUGCAGUUAGUCGGAGUAAUGUGUUCUUAUGUUUAUUGUUUCGGUAUUUUAUGGAAUAUCAAAAUAUACCGAACAAACCAAUCAGUCUUUUACACCAUAUGUCUGCCAAGUUUCUCAAUCGACAACUUCGUAUGCUUUGUGAUUAUAUAGUGUCUUCUUUGACAUUCACUGCACAAGUGAAUUUUACAGCUGAAAAGUGUCUUUCUACCUUGUCAGAUUUCUGUGUACGUUGGCAUGUUGUUUCGUUAGAUCGAUUUCUUUUGUUCUUGCUCAUGCAUACAAGAUACCAACAUUCACAACUCUUUAUUGUAAAUCGAAUCAUUGUUUAUCUGUUUACACAGUCGGAGCAAAUCACUAGUGGAAUAAAUUAUUUGAAUAAAAAAUAUGAGGCUAAUCCCAUUAAUAGCGAUUCAAGUACACAGAGAAAAUCACCUCAUUCUGACCCAUUGUCUAGUCGGGAUUGGUUUUCGUGUAUUCGUGCUUUGCAUGAAAUUAUUCCUGAUCAAUGGAUUACCUAUCCAAAAAUUUGUACAAUAUCUUGUAAUACUAGUAACGAUCCAUCAGAUGAAACUGACAAACCUCCACAUUUACCUGUAUUCUAUGGUCACUUGUUAUUACGUUUAUUACCACUGUUAGAAGUUGUUAUAAUGCAGUUCUUAAUGUGUGAAGUGCCAUUUGUUCUAUUGAUACCAUUCUGCCGAGUUAUUGCUCCUUUAUUUCGUUAUCACAGACGUCCAGUUAAUAUCUGCUAUAUAUUAUUACGUGAUCAUGCGGAAUUUACCAUGAAAGGUUUACUGUGUAAAUUAUCAAAUCUAAGCUAUCCAGCAUAUCGUUUACAGUUGCCAGCCACUAAAUAUCUGGAUACUUCACCUUCGUCUGAAUCAGAUAUGGACAAAACUUCAUGGAUUGUUGAUCGUUUAUUGUGUCAGUUAUUUGUUCACUGCAUAAUUAGUAAACACCAGCAGCUAGCUAUGAAAGUAGCGUUAAAUCGUUCUUCAAAAGGUUUUGACCAACAAUAUAGUUCUACAAAUGGUAUAUUUACACGACAAGGGUGGAAUAAUCUUCAGUUGUGUGUAAAGCAGUCAGAAGUAUUUUACGACGUAAUAUGUAGAAAUCCCAGUAAUGUUAGUAGUGAUUGUUGUAAUAUUGUUCAUGAUAGCACAGAUCAGUCUGUUGUGAAUAUUUUACUAAAUCCAGAAUCAUUUGAGACACAGUUCAGGUCAAUGUUUAUGACAUGGUAUUCCUGCAAUAUGUUUAAAUACGAUUGGGAAUAUUUAUUUGGAUUGAUUGAUCCAAUAUGUAAAAGCAACCAAAGACAUGGAAUUUAUGGACAUUCAGCAGCAUGGAGAAUUUGGAAUUAUGAGGAGUCCGUAUGCAUUCAAACUGCAGGAUUAUAUGCUGCCUCAAUCGAAUUAAUGUCCACUUUUAUGUUGCCUAAUGAAUUUACAUCAGCUGUGUCUGAUUUGCUAACUAAUUGUGCGAAACAUAUAAAUUUCAAUCAACUACAAAAUAUUACCGGUGCCCUAGCUGUUAUUUUACCUGUGAGUUAAUCAUUUUCAAAUUUAAAUUUCGGUGAAUUUCGACAUGGUUGUGAAAAUUUGUUUUUAAUAUUAAACCAACAUUCAGGAUUGAACAUCUGUUUGGUUUUUGACGACUAUGUAAACGAAAUCAACUGGCUAACUAACUACCUAGAAUAACGUACACAAGCGACACAGUCCUCUUAUUCAGAAGAACCUAUUUUGAUAUAAAACGGCUCGAAUAAACCAGUAAGAUUACAGUAAAAUAAAAGAGCGAUAAACUGAUCGUAAAAAAACGGGAAACAGUUUUCUUAAAUUGGAUAUAUUUAUUUCAGUCCAACCGUACGCGAAGUUCUUCACUUUUGUUUUCCAUGAACAGAAACCAUGUGGUACUUGCUUGGAAAUCGAAUCAAAUCGAAACUUUUCUUUAUUCGCUUUUUAGUCCCUUUUAUUUCAAACAUUUGAAAACCUGUCUCACAUUAUCACUCUUAUAUCAACUAUUAUCGUGUUGAACCUACUAAAUUAAUGUAUUAGUUGUACUAUUUGAUGCAUCAUAAUGAUGACACUGAUUAAUUUUUAUCGGGUGGAAAUACUGUGUGCUGUUCAGUUUCUUUGAAUUUGAAUAGAUAAUAAUGAGAUUAUGUCAUUAUUCUUCGUCAUCGCUCAUAAAUUAGCAGCUGUUCAUCUUCUAUAGACGAUAUUCGUCAUACAUCGAUAUCUGUUGUAGUACUGUUAUAAACUAGAGGGCAUUGGUCGGCUGAUUCAUUCCAAUAUUGAACUCCUCAGCACUGCUCUCCACGCACCCCGUCUACGAUUGAACCAAAUACUUUCAGAUCUCGCGAUGUCCGCUUUAUUAUCAGACCAGUGAAUUUUACGCAAUCUCAGCGUUCAUGAUUCAAGAGUCUUCUAGUUCUCCCUUGUUUUAAAUGAUACCCCAAUUAAAAUCAGCCUCUGAUGAAUACCAUCUAUAUAUUUAUUAAGUCACUUAAAUUAUAUUUCAACUAAAGUUAGAAAUUUGAAUGUCAUAUUCAAAAUUUUGACAUGCAAAUAAUAAAUUUAUGUCAGUUCACAAUUAUUUACGAGGUUGUACUUGGUGAACAAAACGGCCAUUUGACAAUUUGUUUUUGUCUAAACUAUGUGUAUUUAGAGAAAAAUUUCAAGCUUGUACAUAAUUUGGUUAUUAUUAAAUUAAAUUCAGAAAAUAAUCAUAUUACUGUUCGUUUUUUUUGUAAUCAAUGCCGUUUAUUUUCAGAGUGUUUAUCGAUUUCUUCUGUUUAAAUUUUGCGUCACCCUAUUCAAUGACCCAAUUCUUUGUGACACCACACCUGAAUCGAAUUUAAUAGAUCCAGAAAAUAUGUUCACGUGCAUCUCUGAUGUAAAGUCUACUAAUGAUCAUAAUACUAAUACUAAGUGGCGUCGUUCAUCAAGAGCUUUACGUCAUAGGAAAUUGCUGGAUAUUAAUUUAACUUCUGUAGAUAACGUCACUUUAACAUCUGAAACUACAUCAUUUAAAGACGAAAAUGUUUCACUUCUAAAACCAUCAAAAGUAGCUUUAGAUUUCUUCGAAAAAUAUCUUCCAUUAGAUCAGAAAACAGACUCUGAUUUGGUCGAUACACUUAGUAAUGGUGGUUGUAGUGUUAUUGAGGUAUCACAUCAAAAUGCUGAAGCACACCAAACUCUGAAGGACAAUUUCAAUAACUCGGACUUUUCGUCCGAUGUGAUGGAAUACCUGAUUAAAGCUAAUUUAUGGCAUUCAAUUUGGGCACACGCUAACACAUCGCAUCUAGCAUCGUUACCUGGGUAAGCCUACUUUUCACAUAAUGUUUUCAUAUAUAUAAUUGGUGACUCUGACGUACAAACACGAAACAAUUUUCGACGAUAUAAUCUAAUAUCGGAAAUUCAACGCACUUGAUUUGCUGUAGACUCACGACGUCACAGACUUAUAAACGGUAACCACAUCACUUCGAUAAUAGGAACACUUGCGGAAUCCAUUUCCAUGAACCUAGUGAUAGAUAAAAGCCGCGGUGAUUCAUGUAAAUUGUUGUUAACAGAGUUUCCCGAACUCGUGAAAGUAACGUACAGUAAGGCGGAUCUCAAGCGCUUCGUUCAGCAUCACAUUAUAACAGACGGGCCAAGAAGGUUGAACCCGAGAAGAUUAAAAUUUGCGAAACAAAAAUUCGAUAAGCUGAUGAGACUAGGAAUUGUAAGGCCUUCGAGCAGCCCGUGGGCAUCCCCGUUACAUGACCCCGAAGAAGAAUGGAGAAACUAGGUCGUGUAGAGACUAUCAAACACUCAACAAACAAACAGUAGCCGACAUAUAUUCUAUACCACACAUUUACGAUUUUACCAACAAUAUGGAAGGCGAUACCGUUUUUCGAAGAUCGACCUAGUUAGAGCAUAUUAUCACAUUCCUGUAACGCUGCAGGACAUACCAAAGACAACAGUAACAACCACAUUCGUGUUGUAUGAGUUUCUGGACAUGCCUUUCGGAUUGACUAGUGCAGCGCAAAUCUUUUAACGAUUUAUUGACCAGGUCAUCAGAGGUCUACCUGUAGUGUAUGCGUACAUCGACGAUUUACUAGUAGUCAGCCUCACUAUGGACGAGCAUCUACAGCAGCUACGACAAUUAUUCAUGCGACUGCGAGAAUAUGGCAUCUCCAUAAACGCUGAGAAGCGUGAGUUUGGAAACGGAUCCUUACAUUUCCCAGACCACUUCUCAAGGUAUUACAUCGAUCUCAGCAGAAGUCGGUGCCAUCAGAGAUUAUCCGUUACCCGACUCACGAAAGAAGUUACGAUCUACUUUGAACCAGAUCCCGGGCCACAAAAGUGGUUAGUCCGAUGUGACUCGAACAUACAGCCUCCUGAUCUGGAUUCAGACGCGCUACCGUUGCUCCACAGGCCCACCAAUUUUGUAGUUGCCGCUUCUCAUUGCCUUACAAUUUCAAACAUCGUUGAGGUUUGUUUAAUGACGGUUACAAGGCUGAUUGAUUAGCGAGGCAAAGCCACUACAGAAUGACCGUCAUGGUUGUAUGAUUGAUCGUUUUCGAAACCGAACCUAUGGCUGUGAUGGUGUGCAUAUCAGAAGACAACCACUGAUCAACCGAACAAGCACACAUGAUAAGAAAACAAAUUUAUCAUUUACUCCCAAAAUUAUGCUCACAAAACUGUCAAAUAAAGCUGAAUUUCUUCUCAUUGUAUCAUUCAUGAGUUACAGCUGUAAAGGUAGCCAAUCAGUCUAAAGGUUCUUUAAUGUUUCAGUCUAAAUCAAUUUUUCUUCUCAGGUCAGUGGUAUGUUGACUUCUUAGGUCAUUGUAUCAACAUGAUGUUUCGUUCUAUAGUAUCCAGGAAAUAAAAUUGGUUGUAGUUAUCUCGGAAAUAUUUCUAACCCAAAGUACGUGAACUGUUACUUAGUAUGUACACUAAGUUUUAAACCUUGUGAACCGAAUCAAAGAAAUGCGAUUAGUUUCACUUAGACCGUAUGCAGUAUUGAUUUAUAGGUGUCAUCUAGAUACUAUAUAUAAAAGUAUACACUACACAGAUGGCAUUGCUAACUUCGCGAUAUGGCGUAACUGUCAUUUAUCUCACUUCCAAACUGGCUAACUUUACAAAUUGGGGAUUCUCAAUAUAUAAUCUUGUAAAUCCCAGGUUAUUCUUCAAUUGCUUUUUAUCUGUUAUUAUUGUAUAAUGGGAAAACUUCAAAAUUUUGAUCAAGGUGUGUUGAAUAUAUACCUUGAGAUUAUGAGCCCUAGACGGAAAUAAAAACUGUGCUUCUCGCUGCUGUGUUUUGCAUUUGAUUUCGCGAGGGUUAAAUGACAGCUGAUAAAAUUAUACUGUUAAUGAGCCAAAACGUAGCUAAGCUAUCGAAACUACGUGUUGCGAAUAGUUUUGGCCUGCAAACUACCUGUCUGUCUUUUGCAUAGCCGAGUUGAAACCAUUUACUCUAAAAACAAUAUUUGAUGUUUAUUUUUGUAAGCUGACUGGUGAUUUCAUUCCCAAUGUACUCAUUCGAAGUGUUAACGUAUGUUAGGUAUACAGUGACCAUCAUUUCAUAUUAACAUUUUGGUUGUAUAUUUUUCUAGCUAUUUUGGAAAUAUUUUGUAAACCAGUAAUAACAAUCCGUUUAAUACUUAUCAGUGGAUUGUUUUACAUCUACUUAGUUGAUAUGUUACUUGUGUACUUCAUUCAAACUAGUACUGAACACUAAUUCCUUUCAUUUCAUGUUUUUACACUGUGCUGUAUAGUUUUAGAUCUUACUUUUAGCUCUCCAUUUGUCUUCCAAGCGACAUUUUUACGUAAUGGAGUUCGCUUUAUGAUUGCUUGCUUUCAUCCAGUUUUACUAACAUUAAAGUAAACCUAUCCAACAUGAUUAGCGUUUUUUAACAUGUCUGUUUUCUACGGGAUAGGGUUGCUGACCCCAUGCUCAGUCCUCCUUUAUCCAGGCUUGGAACUGGCGGUAACCCUAGAAGAGUUACAAGCUAAAUUUGUUCAACAUACUUACAGUUUUUAUUAUGUGUGAUUUUGAGCAUCCUAAUUCUCAUUCAAAUUUUUAAAAGCAUUUUUUCAGAUCUCAUCUUACCGGAAUUACGCACUGAAGCUCAACUACUGAUGGCAUUUUAUCUAGUUGCACCAUUAAUGGGAUCUUUGCACUCAGAGCGUCCAGCAAAAUUAGUCGAUUUAACUGCUGAACUUUACAGAGCUGUUUGGAAAGUUGAUACUAUUUUAGCUAAAUCAAAUUAUCAAAAAUCCAGUGAUUCUGAAAUUUCAAUGGAUAUAAGUAAUUCAAAACAAUUAAACGAACAUUUACCUUCGGAAACCGGUAUACCAUUGGUACAUGUUGAUACAAUAGCUGAUUUACUGUAUCAUAUUAAAUAUAUGUAUGUUGGCAACGGCGUACUCGAUCAAGUUCGCCCACUACUGCCACAACUUCGACCAAGUUUACGUAAACGUCUCAAAUUCAUAUUACCUCAAGACUCAUCAGUAUCACAGCAGAAACAAAAUCAAAAUGAUUGGCAUCCAAUAUUUGAAGGUCGCGUAUAUCGUGCAUCUGUUAAACCACCAACGUGUAAUGCAGACUUUUGAAUUAUGUACUUUACAUUCAUUUCUUACUGUUUAUAUACAUAAAUUAGUGUGAUCAAUGAAGACAAUGUUUUAAUUCCUUUGUGUACCACUGAAACAGAUGUAUUUAUGGUGUAUAAUAAAAGUUAUUUUUUAUAUCUAUCC